CCAAACUAGCAGCUUCCUCUGAGUGAGUCCAGCUACAGGAGAGAAAAGUGGAAAACUCCAACACUGCUGCUUCAAGCUGCUGACGCUCCACACACUGAAUCUUCACUCACAGACUCAAUGGCUUCUAGAUCAGAGGAGGAUCUCUGCUGUCCGGUCUGUCAGGAGGUCUUCAGAGAUCCUGUUCUUCUGUCAUGUAGCCACAGCUUUUGUAAAGACUGUCUGAAGAGAUGGUGGAAAGAGAGACCAACACACGAGUGUCCAGUUUGUAACAGAAGAUCUUCAAGGGAGGAUCCACCUUUUAAUCUGGCUUUAAAGAACCUGCGUGAGUCGUUCUUACAGGAGAGAGAUCAGAGAGCUUCAGAGGAUCUCUGCAGUCUGCACUCUGAGAAACUCAAACUCUUCUGUCUGGACCAUCAGCAGCCAGUGUGUGUCGUCUGCAGAGACUCAGAAAAACACACCAAUCACAGAUUCAGACCCAUCGAUGAAGCUGCACGACAACACAAGAAGGAACUUCAGGAAACUCUGGAGCCCUUAAAGAAGAAGUUAAAGGUUUGCAAACGAGUUCAAGUGAAGUUUGAUCAAACAGCAGAACACAUUAAGGUCCAGGCCCGACACACAGAGAGGCAGAUUAAGGAGCAGUUUAAGGAGCUUCACCAGUUUCUAGCAGAGGAAGAGGAGGCCAGGCUGGCUGCACUGAGGGAGGAAGAGGAGCAGAAGAGUGGGAUGAUGGAGGAGAAGAUGGAGGCUCUGAGCAGAGAGAUAGCAGCUCUUUCAGACACAGUCAGAGCCACAGAGGAGGAGCUGAGAGCUGAAGACGUCUCAUUCCUGCACAACUACAAGGCUGCAGUGGAAAGAGUCCAGCGCUGCCCCCUGCUGGAUGAUCCACAGCUGCCCUCAGGAGCUCUGAUAGACCAGGCCAAACACCUGGGCAACCUGACCUUCAACAUCUGGAAUAAUAAGAAGGACAUGGUCUCCUACACUCCUCUCAUUCUGGACCCAAACACUGCUCAUCCAGAACUCAUCCUGUCUGAAGAUCUGACCAGUGUGAGAUAUGGAGGAGAGAAGCAGCAGCUUCCUGAUAAUCCAGAGAGGUUUGAUUUGUUCUACUCUGUCCUGGGCUCUGAGGGCUUUAACUCAGGGACUCACAGCUGGGAUGUUGAAGUUGGACACAGUAAAGGGUGGGAACUGGGUGUGUUAGCAGAGUCUGUGCAGAGGAAGGGACUGAUACAGUCUGGAUUAUGGAGAAUAUGGUUCUAUGAAGGUAAAUACUCAGCACGCUCACCAUCAGCUCCAUCCACUGCUCUCUCAGUCCAGAAGAAGCUCCAGAGGAUCACAGUGAAUCUGGACUGGAACAGAGGAAAGCUGUCGUUCUCUGAUCCUGAUACUAACACACACAUACACACCUUCACACACACUUUCACUCACAGGAUGUUCCCAUAUAUUCAAACUUUGCGUAAAGUGAAGGUGUGUCCGUUGAAGGUGUCAGUGCACUAAAAAAAGAGCAUGUUGGAUUUACUUAAUUCAUUAGUGGACAUUGGUUGCACACAUUUUUUUUUGCUUUGGCAGAAACUUACACAACUUAUUUAAAUCAACACACCUGAUUCAUAUUCAAUAAUACGGAAUAUUUUAGUCCUUCACAAUUUUGUCAUUUUAUUGCAACACUAUUCAAUAACUGUUACCCCAAUACUACUUGGUGACUUAAAUACUACGUGUUGUCUUCAUAUUACAUAUGACAUGUUCAACAAAGUCUAGAGUCUGGCUAACAUAAAAAUUGAAUGGAUUUACAACAACUACCAUUCUCCUAUCUUUAUCCGGGUUGUAGGGCUUACGUUGCGAUAGGUUAAGCCGCAGGGUACACCCUGGACAGCUCUAUCACAUAGAGAUAAACAACCAUUUGCACUCACAUUCAUAGGCAAUUUGGAAUAACCAACACACCCAACUCCAAUUGUGUGACUGUUAACUGUGGGAGAAAACCAGAAUACCCAGAGGGAACCCACUGCAAACUAGCCAGACUGUGGAUUUGAACUUAGGACCUUCUUGCGGUGAGGUAACUGCCCUAAACACAAUGCCACCAUUCCAGACUUAAUGAGAGCAGGAAAGCUAUAAUUACAAGGCUUGAUGCAGCUUUUUCUGUAGGUUUUUGUCCUGCAGUUUGAAAUCUUGUGCGAUCUUGUUGAUUUCAUGAGUCCAGCAACUAACCACUCUUCUCGUUUGGCUCUUGGCGAAGGCAGUCGCACUUUUCUCCUCUCCUCCUCUCCCUUAUCUUCCCUGCUUAGCCUCUUGUCUUGUCUCGUAUGUAUUACUUUCUCUCUCACAGUCUGUGUCUAAAAACCUAAAAGAGAAUUAAGGAUUUGAUCAACUGGUCUCUGAAUGCUAUUG